UUGACUUUAUUUAAACUUGAACCUUGUAGUCUUUUAAUACUCUUUUUUAUUUGCUUUUUUUUUUCUUGCACAAAGUCAAUGCUAUUCUACACUCCUUAUCACUAAAUACUUUCAUUAUACUUCUUGAAUACCCCUCUCGAUAUUCUUCUAUUUAAACCCAUACCAGUCCUUUAAUUUCACUGAUCAUUACUCAAGCAUACAUCACAUACACACACAUAAAUAUAUAUACAUAGAAUGAGUCAACAACAACAACAACAACAACAACAGCAAUCUUUAACCAAUACUAAUACUAUCAAUAGCACUAAUACAACAACUAAUAAUACUGAUUAUCAGACCAACUUCAACAUGUCUUGCCCUGUUACCAAGCUUGAUCUUCCUGAUCAAUCUGUAGCUUAUACAGGUGCUACCUUUUACGUCUCGCCACUAGCGACUACAACAACAGCAGCUCAGACGACACCAUCUUAUUUUUACGACUCUGCUUCUGUUCAGCAACCAUUUACACCUGCAAAUAACAGGGUAACCAUUUCUCCUUCUUCUAUCAUGAUCCAAGAGCCUCCUAUGUUGGUUGCCUCUUCUUCAUCUACUACCACAGCCUCUACCAUGUCAUCUUCCUCGGUUGAAUUCUUAAACGAGGCAUUUGCGAAGGCAACUUCUUUGCCAGAGUCAUUCUACCCUGAAUUCUUACAAUACUCCAAGGAGACCUAUGAGCAAUCUACUGGAGGCGGCCCCCACCGUAAGAAGCAAAAGAGUCAUCACUCUACAAAGGGUAAAAAGGAAGAUGAUCACUCUGAUGAGGAUGUGAACCCGAAUGGUUUAUCAUCUUCCGAACUUCGAAGGCAAAUCCAUAUUCAAUCUGAGCAAAAAAGAAGAGCUCAGAUUAAGGAUGGGUUCGAAGAAUUAAGAAAUGAGUUGCCUGCCUGUUUGAACAAAAAGAUGAGCAAAGUUGCUUUAUUACAUCGCACUGUUCAACAUAUUCAGCAUCUUAAAGACACACAAAUGUCUAUCUUGUCAGAAUUAGAACGACUCGUUCAUGAAAACGAGCAACUUCGAAAGUUUCAAGAAAAUGUACUUCAAAAGCAAGCAUUGGAAAACAUGUAUAGCAUGACCAACAUGUAAAAGAGCAACUCAAACAAACAGCAAUUAUAUAUACAGCAAGUGAUCUCUUUCUCUUUCUCUUAUUUUCUCUUUCAAUUAUAUAUACACAUUGACAACCCACCUCACACAUAAUUGAUGAAUCCUCCCCCCUUUUUUUUUCUUCUUCUCCUCCCUUUGUUUAAUUUUGCAUUGACUUCUUUUUUUUGUUUUGCAUC